CUCCGUGCUUUCAGACAGACUGUUUUGCUGCAGUGAACGGUAGCCGUGGAGAGAGGAAAAGGCAAGAAAAACAAGAAGACAGCGGAGGGCGGAACGAGAACCAAGACAGACAGAUCCAUUGGGACCUUAGCGCGAGCGCCAGCAGGCAUAGACGGGUCCAACACUCCAGAACCGACGGAGCCGACGGGCAUCACGAGGAGCGCUUAUAACGUCAGCGCUUCGCCGAGCUUCUCCACUUAUCCGGGCCUCGAGAGGACUGUUGGCUUUAACGCGCUGGACGGAUGAGCGGGAUGCGCGCGCGUCAGAGUAUGACAUUCCCGGCAUUCCAGCGGGUCGCUCUCAGGGCGCUCGCGGCCUUGACGAUGCUUCUCGCGACCUCCGUUCGGAGCACCUUCGUUUACGAUGAUGACCCCUUCCAGCCAGUGACCCAAGAUGAGACGGUGGCAGUGGGUGGGGUGGUGACCCUGACCUGCAGUGUGAAGGAAAAUGAUAACUCCUCUCUCCAGUGGUCCAACACGGCUCAGCAGACCCUGUACUUUGGAGAAAAGAGAGCACUGAGAGAUAACCGUAUCCAGUUGGUAAAAUCCACAGCCACGGAGCUGAUAAUCACCAUCUCGGACGUUCAGCUGUCAGAUGAUGGAGAGUACACCUGUUCAAUUUUCACCAUGCCUGUAAGGACUGCACGAGCCACAGUUACUGUACUGGGUGUUCCAGGUAAGCCGGUGAUAACAGGUUUUGAUGAUGCUGUUGAGGAGGGCGGCAAGGUUACUCUCACCUGCACGAGUUCAGGCAGCAAACCUCCUGCUAAACUACACUGGUACCGCGAUCAAGAGGAGAUACAAGGGCGUCCUGAUGUUGUGGAGUCCAACCCUGAUGAACCAACCUACACAGUAACCAGCGAGCUCACCCUCACUGUCACCAGGAACGAUAACAACGCGCUGAUCGCCUGUGCUGUGGAUCACCCGUCCAUUGCCAAUGGAGACAAGAGGACAGAGCAGCCCCUCAGCGUCUUGUUUUCUCCAAGCGUGUCGAUUCAGCCAGAGAGUGACCUGCCAAGAGAAGGAGAGAAGUUUUUCCUGCAAUGUGUGGGGAACGGAAAUCCAGAGCCGACUGCAUUUGUGUGGCGGAGAAAAGACGCAGAGCUCCCCCCGCUGGCCAAGGUGGAUGGUGCGUUCCUGCGCUUCGAAUCCCUCAACAAGUCGGAUAACGGUGUUUAUGAGUGCCAGGCUGAUAACGGGAUCGGCAUGGGGGACAUAGCACACACCCUUCUGGUACAAGACCAGGAAGAUUCAGAACUCUUUAUUCUCACCUCUACUCUCCCUUCAACCUCUGCUUCUCCCACUUUUUCUCCUGAAACCUCAGUUUCAACAUCUACUGAAGACGAAACUCUUCCUCCAUUCUCAUCUUCGCCAUCUUCCACUACCUUGCCCACAUCCACUCUUAUCUUCUCCUCCACUCUUUCUCCUUUCACUUCUGCUCCUUCCACUAUCCCUCCCUCUCCUGAAGUUCCCACGACCUCUCUUUCCAACGCUCUCUUCCCCGAUUUCACUCUCCUGCCCUCCUCCCUUCCUGCUCGCACCCCUCCCCUACCCCCUUUUUCCUCCUCCCCUGCCACUCCAUCAUCUGUUCCUCGGCUGAAUGGAGUGCACACCUUUACAGAAGCCGGAGUGAAUGCUGCAGACCCCACAGCGAUGUCCCCCUCUUCAGGAGUAGACCACGCUGUGAUUGGUGGAGUAGUUGCUGUCAUUGUCUUCAUCAUGCUUUGUCUCCUCAUCGUCCUCGGCAGAUACCUCAUCAGACACAAAGGAACGUACCUGACUCAUGAAGCGAAAGGUUCUGACGAUGCUCCUGAUGCAGACACGGCCAUAAUUAACGCUGAGGGUGGCCACUCUGGGGUGGAUGACAAGAAAGAGUACUUCAUCUAGAGAUCAUCCCUCCGCACCUUCUUCCUUCACACGCUUCAGUUCACUCAGCCUGAUGGGGAAAAAUGGGGAUGGCAGAGAGAGAGGAAAUACAUGAGGAAAAAAAAAACAAAACAAGUGUUGACCUGUUCGAACUGAAGGACCUCAAAUAAGCUUCGACACACAGGACAGGGAAGUGAGAGUUACGCACUGGUGCGUGGGCUCAUUUACACACAUACACACACACACACACACACUAUUUCUCCAUUAGCAUAAUGACACAUGAGCAAACACACAUGAUGAGACAAACAAUAAAAAGAGGCAAUAUGACAGUGACCACACUUUCCUCGUCUCCCAUGAUUCCUUUCAAACGGUCCAGAUGUACUCUGGCACAUGUUGCACAGUGAUAUGUGCAUGCAUGAACUUUCAGGACACACCGUCUGCUCUCAAAACCAUUAAAAGACACAGACUCAUAACAGGCACGCAUGCAAACACACCGAACAUAAAGUGUCUUAAAUUGUUAAAACUGAAUUUAAUCCAUGCAACCCUGCAAUAUCAGUGACAGAUACAAACACACACUCAUAUACAUCACCUCAGUGUUACACACACACACACAUAGAAUAACCAGGCAAAAACAGCAGCCCCUGCAACCAUUAUGUGGGACCCCCGAUAUAAAUUUAUAAAUACAUAUAUAUAUAUGAUUAUAUAGCAUCAUUUUUACUCAGUGUGCUGUAAAUAUAUCCUCCAUCUCUCUCUAUCUCUCUCUCUCUAACCUCACUGUCUGAUAUUGCAGUAUAUACUCUGAGCCUGCCUGGUUUUCUUACAUGCGUGGAAAUGCCGAGUUGAUAAAAAAAAAAUAUCUGGACUAUAGAAAAAAAACAUGGUGUUAUGAAAACUUCAGUAAUAUUUGUAUGAAUUAUGUUCUCUUUGAGUUUGAUUUCUGGUGUUUACUGUUGGUGCAACAGUCUAGUGUCAUUUCAUCAACCUGGGAAGAUUAUUAUUGUUACUAUUAUUAUUAUUAUUAUUAUUAUUAUUAUUAUGAGGUCCUUAUUCUAAAUGCAUUACAUUGUGCACUGACGUGUCAUUGUAUCAAACCCAGUGAUUCGCUCACUUACGCCACCUUCAGGAAUGAAUCCUCUCUGUUUUUCAGUGGCGGGACUCUCAGAAAUAGCAGGGUAACACAAACUACUGCUCUCUCUCUCUCUUUCUCUCUCUCUCUCUCACUGAUCUUUUUCUCACAUUCUUCCACACCUCUUUCUAGUCUGUGCUUCUCUUCUUCUUACAGUCAUAAAGCUAGAUUAUUUCUAGACCAUGGUGACAUUUGAAGGGAGUUUGGGGGUUUAGUCAGUUACGUCAUGCAAUAAUUAUAUCGUGCAGGCGAUUCUAUUUAAUAAAUUGAUUAAAUCUGGCUUAAUAAAGGUGAUGUGUGUAAUUUUUAGCACGCUAAAAUCCUUAAUGUGAAUAGACUGUAAAAAAGCAUUUGUUGGUUGAUUCCCUGUGGCACUAUCAAAACACUGCUCUGUUUUUUUGAGCAUCCCAACCUCCUAAAAUAUACCAUUGACUCAGCCAAUGGCGUGCAGUCUGAUUAGUUUGGUGGCUAAGAAAUUACACACUUUACUUUUAAUGUGUUGUUAAAUUUUUUAUUCAGGAUUUUUUUACCUAAUGCAUUGCAGAUCUGCUAACUGAAAUGCUUGCCAUUUCUAUAUCACUUAUUUCUUUUAGCUACUCAAUUAGAGGAGGCUGUUGAGUUAUUGCGCCCAUGCAAGCAAUGCAUGUUUGAAUCUGGCUUGUGACAUUUUUUCCCAUUUGUAUUACCCUAUACUCUUUCAAACAUGUAUUGUCUUUAAAUAAAAAUUUUUGAUGAUUUGUUCACUGAACUGGCAAAACUAGGGAAAAAAGCGAAGAGGAAGUGUUAAACUGAAAAAUAAACAUCGUAAUUCUGAAUAAAACAUGCAUUUUAAAUUUCCAGUUUAGUUCAAUCCACCAUUAUUUUUCUACAGCUUUUCACAGUAGAACUGGUCUCAAAGCAGAUUUGCAAGAAAUGCACGUUUCAAUGAUGCAAUGUCAUUUGGCCCCAAUAAAAGGGACUCUUAAAUCACAUCUGCCACGUAUAUGGAAGUUUAGGCAGUGUUUUGUUCACGUGGGAUGACAGGGUCAUUCGUUUAAUGCGUAUGUAGGUCACAACUAAGUGGCAACUGACCGAUUACAACCAAAAGCCGUCCUCUACCUUCAGACUCCCUCCACAUACCUCAUUAACGCCAGCAGACAAUGAGUUUGUGAGAAAAGCAGUUGCAAUCGACUGCCGCAAGAUGGCGACAACGCAUUUCAUUUCCCACUCACUUUCAUUUCCGUCUCUCUCUCUCUGUCCUGUACAAGCAGUAGAACUUCCAGUUAGCUAUCAGUCGACUCAGUGCUUAAUUUUAAAUUAUGUUGUUUACGUUCAUUCUGCUGUAGAUGUGCAUACUGUUGUUUGUAAUUUUAUGUUCUUUUUUUUUUUUUUUAUCAUUUUUAUGAUGACUAAAUGUCUUAGAUUGAAAGGUGUAGAUUAUAGUUUCCAUGACUUCUGUUUUGUUUGAUAAUCUGCCGUUUUUUUAUGAUUUGAUGUGAUUAGUGUUGCCUUGAACAGUCUACACACUCAAGUGAACACAGACAACGGGGCACAUUUAUUGCGUGUGUCUGCGUUUACGUGCGUGGAGGAUUUUCACACUGGCCCCAACAGAUGCAGGAAACACUAAAAGUAUUAUUACAUUCUGUUAAUGAAUUUUUGUUAGAUUCAUUAUUGUUUUUUUGAAUGAUAAGUCUUCCUUUUGAAUAAAUAUUCAUAUCAUGUGGAGCUAUUCUGUCAUGUAUGUUGAUUUGUAUUAUGGCCGAUGAUGUCAUCUGAAUGGGACUGAACUCUGAGAUCAUCAUCAUUGUGGGUUCCGUUUGUUUAAUGGUCUGUUUAGACAGUAUUUGCUUUUUGUUACAAAAAGAGAUCCCUUGUUAACUUCAAAAUAAAUAUACAUUUGGGGUAACCUAA